AGGGGGCAUUGCUGAGAAAUGUUCCUCUUGAAGGGAAACUUUUCAUCUGUUGUCUGCUCUAGAGAAACACUGUGCGUCCUGGUCGGUCUGCAGGGAAUUUAGCUCAUUCACUGACCUGGGCUUCGGAAUUUGUGACCCCCCCCCUCCCCUAAUCUGUUGCCCUCCCACCACAUUGCCCUCUGACUCACCUGAGACAAGAGCAGAAGACCUGAAGAUCCCUCCCCUCUAAAUACUGCUCGUUCACCUGAAGAAAGAGAACAUACGAGACACAGGAUGGACGACCGCUAUGUUCUCUCUUAAACCGUGCUGGCUGCUUGACUCACUUCAGUUUGGGGGAGAAACACAGAGGAGUGUAGAAAAGAACUUGUGCUCUCCAGGAUUAGAAUUUUAGCGAGAGCCGGUCCUGAUCGCAGGAGCAAGGUUUUGCAGGAUGAUCUUGGGAAGCAUCAAUCGAACAGGGGCCAUCCCCACAUUUCUGCGGACCCCCACAGUGAUCCAGCCUCAUCUGGAUAUGAAGCCCUUUCUGCAGUUUCCAAUGGAGACUGCUCCUCCACACAGUGUUGGGCUCUUCCACAAUUUCAAUGCGAUGGAUCCUGUCCAGAAGGCAGUGAUCAACCACACCUUUGGAGUCCCUUUAAUCAAGACCAAACGGCCAAUAAUUUCCUGUAAUGUCUGCCAGAUCCGAUUCAACUCAGAGAGUCAGGCAGAAGCCCACUACAAGGGGAACCGCCAUGCUAGGAGAGUCAAAGGCAUUGAGACCUCCAAGAGCCGCCCACAAGAGAGCGAUAAACCUACUCCUGGGCCCGUCUCUUCCCCUUCACCUACAGGACCCCUGCCUGCCAUCUUGGACACUGACCCCAGCAAAGCAGAUGAGACACAGCCCACACUACAGUUAAAUGGAUCCACGGUGGGCCUGGGGCCCGUAGCUGUUUCUGCUCCCUCAACCCCAGAUUCUCCUGGCCCUUCUGCCUGUCCCCUUCUGCCAACCCCUACUACCCCUCAACCGCCCCCAGCCUCCUCUUCCUCCCCCUGCUGUGGCUCCGCAAACCCAGAGCAGGCAGGCACUGGGGUCCCUGGAGCACCAUCAGCCACCACCAGCAACCCUGAGACUGAAGAGGACAAAGCCAAAAAGCUGCUUUACUGCUCACUGUGCAAAGUGGCCGUCAAUUCGCUCUCCCAGUUGGAGGCCCACAAUAAAGGCACUAAACACAAAACCAUUCUGGAAGCCCGCAGCGGACUGGGCCCCAUUAAGGCAUACCCUCGUUUGGGUCCGAAGCCCAGUGGGGAGCAGGGAGGAGGGGCAACAGACCCCAACACUCAGGAACGCACCUUCCACUGUGAGAUCUGCAACGUGCGGGUCAACUCAGAACUGCAGCUCAAACAGCACAUAUCAAGUCGAAGGCACCGGGAUGGGGUGGCAGGAAAGCCCAACCCCCUCCUAAGCCGACACAAGAAGCACAGGGGAGCUGACCUUGCUGAUCUCACCAAAGCAUUAGGCGCCGGCCUCCUGCCUAGUCCUCUGGCUGUUGCCGCAGCAAUGGCAGCUGCUGCCUCCUCCAACCCGCUGGCUCUCCGUGCAGCAGCUCCCACCCACCAUCCGCAUCAUCACCUCCUGCAGGGUCCGCCCCUCAGCCAUGCCAUCUUGAGACCAGCUCCUGGGCCCAUACGCACCUCACACGGGCCUAUCCUCUUCUCUCCGUACUAACUUCGCCCCCACCCCCUUAGCCAACCACAGCCAGUCAGGAGCCUCACCUCCAAAAGCACACUGUGAAGAAUAAAAUAAUAGUGAAAUACCACAGCAAUGACACAAAUCAACUCAUCAACAAAAAAAGUCAACUACUAAAACAAGCAGAAGGGGUAAAGAAGUGAGAGAAACCAAGAUGGAGGGUGUGAAAAGACCCAACGGGCAUUCCAACCCUCUUUCCAUCACCCUUAACUGCCUCCUCCGUUAUUUUUGUAUAGAGUAAUUAUCAUUGGUGGAUGGAUGGAUGAAUGAAUGGACAAAUGCAAGGAUUGUUGGAAUAGAGCAAUAUUGUAUGCUGAAUGCAUUUUAUGUCCUUGAUCAUUAUCUUCUAUUCUUCCCUCUAUUUAUACACAUACUGUGAGCAGACAUGCUGGAAAUGACUUAGGUCAUUAGGUUUAUAGAGAGCCCACAAAACACACAAAUACACAAAGAGACACAUACAAACACACAAAGACUCCAGUUACUGUAUGUGCUGUGUGCCACGGUACCUUGUCGUUCUGGUUCUGCAUCCUAAACCCUAUGCACCUUGACAAAAAUAACAGAAACCCUGUUACAUCAGUAUGGUAGCUGCUUCUAGAAGUCUUAGCUGUAUUCAAGUUUCAAGUUUUAAGUUUCAAGUUUAUUUUAUUCAACUUGUUCCCUGUCUGGCUUUGGCUUCAGAAAGCAUCUUUACAAGAUGGAAACACCACAAUCUUCAAUGGAACUCCACCAGUUUCCAUAUCAAGUUGGAAACUGUGGGUAGGCAUGGUCUAAGGAUGCCCAACACUUUCUGAAUGCUGGCUUGAUGCUACUUUGGCAACACAUCUUCACCAAAUCUAGUGUGAGAAGCAAAAUACAGUGGACUGCAUUGUCAAAAUGUUCUCUCCAAAAAGCAAGAUUUCAGACAGAUCAGUUGCAUCUCUCUAGGGAAAGGAGAGAUAUAGAAGAGAUAUAACAUAUCUCUUUUGUGUAGCUUUUAUAUCCCUUAGUGUUAAAAGCAGGUAAUGUGUCUGACUGAAAACACCCCUGACCCCUCUUAAAUCUUAGAAGACCAGUAGAUGUCUAUUUAUUCUAUUGUCACUUGUGUAGCAUAGUUUAGUUCAAAACAUCCAAGCUGGUUGACAAAGAAAAUAUUCAGAAAUUAAAUAUGUACGUAGAGGAUGAUGUAACUGUUAGUUGACGCUGAAAUAGAUGGACGGGUACUAAGGCAACAAAUGUAAGCACACACUUGGACUAACAUAUAGGGUCCUCAGUUCAUUCUGUCUCUGUAUGUUCUAUGGAGAAUGGAGAUUAUGCAACCCCAUAAAAAAAUUAAAAAUUACAAAAAAAUAAAAAAGAGUCUGGAAGCUUCUAACAAGCAAUAUUAUGGCCCCCUUCUCAUUCUCUGUCCAACUUCUUGCCUGCAUCCCAGCAAGGGACUGACACCACAGGACUGUCAGCCACUCCAGCAGCCUGCAAGAAAAUUAAUUAAAUUAACAAAGUUUAGUUAGAAAAUGUGGGCUGAAACAGAGGAUGCAAGGUCACAGAGGACAUGACUGUGCAAUGUCCCCUUUUUUGGUAUGAACUUCCUGUCUUGAAUCUAAAGCCAUGCAAAGCAUACUAUUUUUGUUCUUUUAUUAUGAUUAAUCAAUGCUAAUGUUUUGUUGUUAUUUUUUGUUCAUUGUCAUAUCACACUGUUAUGUUGAACAAAUAUUGUUGUGAAAAAUCUGAGGAAAAAUAUUGAAGAAAAAAUAGGAAUAUUUUUUUAUUGAUGAUUGAAAACCUGCACUUGGGAGAAAUCGAAAUGGCCUACUCAUUGUAGAUAAUGUAUGUGGACAAAGUGAAAUACUCCUUUGAAUGGAAAAACAAAACAAAAAAACAAGCAAGGACACUUCUCACACCUAGUACUGUUGGAGAUACACAGUGCCCUUCAUUGACAAGCAAAGUGCAACAAUGUCUUACUGUUGUUUGGAUAUUGCAAUGCAAUAAGCAAUUGAAUUAUAUUAUUUGUUUUAGAUGAGCAUAAACAUAAUGUACCAGGUUUUAUAAAUGGUUAUGUACGCCUGCUGAUAGGCCUCCAUGUUCUUCCACAGAGAUAUUAGCCUUUGCAGUACUGAGGGUGGGAAUUCUGAGCAAGAAAUGGGCACCCACAGGAACUGGCCCUUCAUAUUAAAGGGUCUUAUCGAUAUCUGAGUGGUAUAAAUAUAAAAAAAAACAAUGUGUACAGCCAUAUCCUUUGCAUAUGUAGCUUAGUUUUACUUUUUGUUUGUUUGUGGCAUUGUUUGCAUUGUGUAGGAAGCAGGUUUUUUACGUCAUGAUUAUGCCAUUACUUCAUGCUAACUGUGGUUAGCAUCCACCAUUGUGCUUUUGAUGGACUUUACCUCUGUUUGUUUUCUAAUUAGUUUCUUAUGCACUAGAGUGCUGUAGUUCAUGUUGGUGUGUAUCGUGUAGUGUUGUGUGCAUACAAACAGAGCCCGGUCUGGAAAAAGACAUUUGCGAUAGCAUAGGGGCUAGCAAUGGGCUUAAUGGAGCUCAUUGCUUUUUAAGCAGAAUCUGCUUUAAAGGGAUAGUUCACCCCAAAAUUUUUAUUCUCUCAUCAUUUACUCACCCCCAUGACAUCCCAGAUGUGUAUUAUUUUUUUUCUUCAGAAGAACACAAAUGAAGAUUUCUAGAAGAAUUUCUCAGCUCUGUAGGUCCAUACAAUGCAAGUAAAUGGAUGCCAAUAUUUUGAAGCUCCACAAAUCACAUAGGUCAGCAUAAAAGUAAUCCAUAUGACUCCAGUAGUUAAAUAAAUGUCUUCAGAAGUGAUAUGAUAGGCGUGGGUGAGAAACAGAUACAUAUUUUAGUCAAUUUUUACUAUAAAUUCUCCUCCCUGCUCAUUCAAUCUCCACUUUAACUUUCAAUUUCACAUUCUUCUUCUUGUGUUUUUGGUGAUUCACAUUCUUUAUGGAUACACCCCCUUCUCUGCAGGGGAAAAAAUGUCUAGCAAAAAUCAACUUAAAUAUUGAUCUGUUUCUCACCCACAUCUAUCAUAUCACUUCAGAAGACAUGGAUUCAACCACUGGAGUCAUAUGGAUUAUUUUUCAUAUGGACUUUUAUGCUGACCUAUGUGAUUUUUGGAGCUUCAAAAUAUUGGCACCCAUUCAAUUGUAUGGACCUACAGAGCUGAAAUAUUCUUCUAAAAAUCUUAAUUUGUGAGUAAAUGAACUAUCCCUUUAACCUCAUGUUGUUUUAAACCUGCAUGACUUUCUUCAGUGGAACUCAAAAGUGCAGAAGUUUAACAGGGUGUUAAGCAUGUUAGCAGAGUCCCUAACAGUUUCCUUUCAGAAGAAAGUAAGUCAUACGGGGUUUAAACAAUUUGAGGGUGAGUAAAUGACAAUAGGAUAUAGAUUUUUUUGGGUGAACUAUUCCUUUAAACUGCAAAUCUGUUAUUAGCAGUUUCUAUCCCAAACUUAAUUAAAACAAUAAGAAGGCAAUGUAUUUGUGUGAUUUCAGAUGUGCAGUUCAAAGGAAUUCUAUAUUACGAACACUAUGUGCACUGACACAGGCUGUAGUUUAAAACUGGGUGUCCAGUGCCCCUUUGAAACCAUGUCAGAUGAAAUCUGAGAGCCCAUCACUGCUAACACAUACUUGCUUAAACCCCUCCAUCAACACUGUAAAGACCAUGUUCAUCCUGUAGUCAUCUCUGAAAAAAAAAAGCGUCAUCAUUGUACAGAAUUGUCAAGAGCUCUUUAAUAGAUUUGUUCAACCUAUCAGGGCAGGUGUGAUGUUAGCGGUGAAGUCUAUUUUAGCCUUAGCCUUAUUCCACUCCAGGCCUAUCCAGGAGCGGACGCGUAAUGGAGAAGCUUUGGUCAAAAUCUCGUCUUGCCAAUAAAGUUAUUUUUCAAUUGAAUUGUCAGAUGGGAAAACAGUAUGUGUGAUGGAACGUAGCAAUAUUGAACUAAUACUGGGUACUCUUGUUUACUGAAAUAAGGAAAUCAACCAAUAGAUGCAUAUGUGAGUAAAAUAUUAUAGAUGUAAUUUAAAUUAAACACAGAACAAUAUGGAAAUACUUGGUAUCAGAGAAACUUGGAGUUUCCACAGGGGGAAAAAAAAAAUCAAUGUCUAUAAAUCAAUAAAGAAUAUUA